AUGGAUGCAACUCAGUUCCUCCUUAUACUCGUCGCAGCCAACUUUGUGACUUCUUCAGAACAUUCUGGAGCUUAUUCAUCACCACAGUACGCGAAGAAGUUUUACCCGAAAAACUAUGAUUCAACUGCGUUCCUUCCAAUUGAAAAACAACCUGUCGCUUUCAACAAUCAAGAGAUAGACAGAUAUGACGGUGAUUUAAACGAUACGUCCAGUUAUGCUAGAUCCUCGUUCCUUGAUGUGGCAGGAAGCUUCCUAAGCGGGACUGGAGGUCAAGUUAUGUCAAGUCUGGCUAAGGACUUUAUUGCCAGGUCCACAGGGAGUAGCCAGGUGCUCAGUCUAAAUCUGACUAAUUUAGUCAUUCUGAUCGUGCUAAAGGCUCUUAUACUAGCAGCCGGGUUCUUUGGAGCUGGUGCAUGGAAAGGAAACCAUUAUGGAAGAAGCUUGGAUGAUAACAAGAACGCAACUUACAUCACGGAAGAUGAGAUCAUGUUAUAUUUGAGCUACCUCGCCGGUCAGCAGAGCCAGGACUACGGCUGUCUCUACAGGUUAUCGUGUCAGAAGCCUCACCAAGCAGCGCUCUACGCCUCAGGAGCUGAACUUUUGUUGCAAGGGACAAAAUUAUUUCAAGGGAACAGCGUCGACUUGGGACCAUAUGAAGAUAUAUCGAGUGGUAUCCGGGAGGCCGCUACGUGGGGCGAGCGCGGGCUGCCGUGCCAGACGCGGUAUCAAUGCACU